CAACUCAAUAAAUGACAUUGAUCAGUGUUCUUGAAGUAAUUAGCCAAGUGACUUCUCUUCAUUGUCUCAUUGUUUUAAUCUCAGCUACGUUCUCUAUAAACUUAGCCCUUCUUCACUUUGCUUUGUAUCAUCAUAAGUAUUUUUAUUCAUCAUUAAUUUAUUUGUUUUAUAAUGGAAAAGACUCCAAUCAAUGUUCUUCAAAACAUUUGUGCCAGGCAUAACUGGACCAUUGAAUAUAAUAUGAUCUCCGAGGAAGGCAGACCCCAUGGGCCAACUUUUACUUACCGUGUUUUUAUUGAAGAAACUCAAUUAUCGGCCAUAGCUGCUGGAUCCAGUAAAAAGAAGGCAAAGCAAGCUGCAGCUUUUCAAGCAAUAAAGAUUAUCGCUGAACAAGAUGAAGAAGCAGCUAAAGAGCUUCCCGCGUUGGAAGAAAUUGUCCCUCGUGAACCAGAAGCUGUUCCAGUUGAAACUAAAGAUAACCCUAUUGGCAAAUUACAAGAAAUCUGUAUGAAAAAUAAAUGGACACCUCCAAAAUAUAUAGAUGAUGAGGAAGAUGGUCCAGCACAUGCCAAGAUUUUUGUCAUUACCUGUAAACUAGAGAAUUUAGAUAUUCAGUCGGAAGGAAGAGACAAGACGAAGAAGGGUGGUAAAAAGAUUGCAGCACAAGAAAUGCUAAAGCUUCUGGCGCUUAAAGGACUAUGUGAUGCCCAAGAUGAUUCGUUUAAAAGUGAUUCUGUACCGAUUAAAACAGACAUUUCGGAAGUUGAUAAAAUUCCUAAAUUUUUCAAAAAAGUCAAUGAAUCAAUGCAUCGUAAACUGGACGAUGUAAUAGCAAUAAUUGACGAUGAAGCCGAGACUAACGAUUAUAUCGCAUCUCUUGAUGAAGCUUGCGCGAAAAUGGGAUUAAAUACCAAAUUCUUGGAUAUUAACAAAGAUAAAGAUGGUUCAUAUCAUGUUACGGUUUUCUUGAAAAAAAUUGGAGAUUCAGCCAAAGAUGUUCCCGUUUUAACUGGAUGGGGCACGAACAAAGACUUGUCAUUAGCUAAACAAAAAGCAGCUGCUAAUGCCCUUAAAUUAUUAGAUAAAGUACGUUAUAUUUAAAUCCUGUGUAUUAAUUUGUAAACCUUUUAAUUAAAAUAUUUGAAACAAAGAA